UUGCUAUAAACUUGACGUGCCACGAAACAAUUGCACGUCAGAAUGAUAACAACAAACAAGCGACGGUACAACAACAAAACCAUGUUAUGCCUCAGUCGCUCACAAUAAAACGAUAGUCGUCGCAGCCCGUGUAUAUUGAACUAGCCGGUAUUACUGAAAUAUAGUGUGCUUUGAUUUAAAAUUAAAAAAAAUAAAAUUUCAUUUGUGUGUGUGUGGGACAUAGUGAAUUUCGUAUAAAUUUGUGAACAUUACACAGUAGGACUUUUCUGACCCGCAGUAUUGUCUCACUCACGUAUUUAUUCAGUUUGCACAGUUUUUUUUCACUUCAUUUAUAUUGGGUAGAACACAAUGGUGGCCCUAGCUAGAGACGAGAUAUUGUUGUUGUUCGAUGUGGAUGGAACACUGACGCAACCACGAUCCAAUGUCGAUCCAGAAUUCGAAAAGUUUAUGUACGAACAAAUUAAACCGCGAGCAACGAUUGGCAUUGUCGGUGGGUCGGAUUUGGAGAAAAUGUUUGAGCAAUUGAAUGGACGUGGCAUUUUGAAGCAAUUCGACUAUGUGUUCCCAGAAAAUGGCCUGGUUCAAAUUGAGAAUGGUGUCGAAGUUGGCAAAGAAUCAUUGCAACAACACUUGGGCGAAGAGACUUUGCAACGUUUUAUCAACUUUGUGCUGCGAUAUUUGUCCGAGUUGAAGUUGCCAUUAAAGCGUGGAAUAUUUUUGGAGUUUCGUAAUGGGAUGAUGAACGUGGGCCCGAUUGGUCGCCAGUGUACCAAAGAAGAACGACUUGCCUUCAAUCAAUACGACAACGAGCAUCAUGUUCGUGAACAGAUGAUUGAGGUAUUGCACAAAGAAUUUGCCGAUGUCGAUUUAACGUACAGCAUUGGUGGCCAAAUCAGUAAUAAUGUUUCCACCGACGUCGUCGCAUUCAACCAUGGAACGGACAACGCAAACCGAACCGCCAAGAGCCAAGAAAUGGAAGCAAAUUUGGCUAUGUUUCUUGGGCGAUGA